AUGCACCUAUAUCCCAAGAAUGUAUUGACUGUAGGGAAAAGCUCGAUCAAUUCAGCUCAACAAAUUGCCUUUGAUAGAAUUAUUUCUCAUCUACAAGCAGAGAAGCGUAGCUAUUUCUUUGUUGAUGGUCCUAUAGGGACCAGGAAAACAUUUUUGUAUAAUGCUCUAUAUGCAAAAGUGCGCUUGGCAGGGAAAACUAUGCUUCCAACAGCAACAUCAGGCAUAGUUGCAGUAAACAUACCUUCUGGGAGGACAGCACACUCACGAUUUAAGAUCCCUCUUGAUUCAGAAGCAUCUCUUGCUUGUGACGUGCCUAAACAAGGCAGCUUAGCUGCUUUAAUUAAAGAAAUAGCUCUAAUUAUUUGGGAUGAAGCUUCAAUGGCACGAAAGGAAAACAUUGAAUCAGUGAAUCUCUUACUCAGUGAUCUUUGUGAUCUAGAUCAGCCAUUCGGUGGGAAAUUUAUAGUACUUGGAGGAGAUUUCAUACAAGUUUCGCCAGUCAUUCCCCAAAAAACUCAAACGAAAUCAUUUGAAACAAGCCUAGUUAGUUCGUAUAUUUGGCCUUGGUUAGAAAAGCUACACCUUACUGAAAACAUUAGAGCAAAAGAAGAUCUCCCAUAUGCAUCAUUUCUACUGAGUUUGGGAAAUGGUGAGCUGCAGUCCUCUGAAAAUGCUUUUGUCCAAUUUCCUUGUCACGUUGUGAGUUAUUAUCAACAAGCCGACGAACCUAUCGAUCAUCUGGCUGUUACUGCAUUCCGUGAAUUGGAACAUGUAGACUUUUCACCAGAUAUUUUCACAGAGAGAGCCAUCCUCACACCAUUGAAUGAUGUGGUGCAAUUCCGCUCUUAUUCUUCUUUGGAAUUUGAACAUAGCAAUUGGAUAUUCAAAGUCCUUGUAAACAACAACCUUUUAUGCAUUGACUAG